CUUUUCCCAUUCGUUGGAAAAUGAACACUAAGUGUUGAGCUCUGGAAGUUUUCGUCUUGAUAAAGUGGAGGAUUCUUACUUUGCAUUUCUUGCUUCCACGCUAAUGGAGUUUACUAUAAAAGACCUAUAACACAGCUUCGUAUCAGUGGGCCUGCACCAGGCUGAAGGGAGCUCCUCGGACAUGGCCAGCCUGAACUGGAAGCCGUUUGUGUACGGAGGAAUGGCUUCCAUCGUCGCGGAAUUCGGUACCUUCCCUAUCGAUUUGACCAAAACUCGGCUUCAAGUCCAAGGCCAGUCUCAGUGCAUGGAGGUCCGAUACAGAGGCAUGUUCCACGCUUUGCUCCGGAUCGGGCGAGAAGAAGGGGUCCGAGCGCUGUACUCUGGGAUUUCGCCGGCGCUCCUACGACAAGCCUCGUAUGGGACGAUUAAGAUCGGCACGUACAACACGCUAAAGAAAUUUUUCGUCAGCCAGCCUGAAGACGAGACAAUGGUCAUCAACGUAUUUUGCGGUGUCAUCUCAGGAGUCUUGUCGUCGUCUUUGGCGAACCCUACUGACGUGCUGAAGAUUCGCAUGCAGGCUCAGGGCAGUCUACUUCAAGGCAGCAUGAUGGCCAACUUCAUCAACAUCUACCAGACGGAGGGCACGCGAGGACUCUGGAGGGGUGUCAUUCCAACGGCACAGAGAGCCGCCAUUGUGGUCGGCGUCGAGCUCCCGGUGUACGACAUCACCAAGAAGCACCUGAUCAAGUCCGGCCUGAUGGGAGACACGGUCCUGACUCAUUUCAUUUCCAGUUUCACGUGCGGUCUGGCCGGAGCUCUCGCCUCCAACCCCGUGGACGUAGUGAGAACGAGGAUGAUGAACCAGCGCGUGCUGUCCGGGAACCUCCUGUACAAAGGCACGCUGGACGGACUCAUGCAGACAUGGAGGAACGAAGGAUUCUUCGCUCUGUACAAGGGCUUCUGGCCCAACUGGCUGCGUCUCGGACCCUGGAACAUCAUCUUCUUCAUCACCUACGAGCAGCUGAAGAAGCUUCCAUUAUAGCUGCGCUAGAGAUGAUGGAAAAACACUCCACUGGCUCAAAGUGUGUGUGUGUGUGUGUGUGGGAGGGGCAGGUUGCAAGUGUACACCUUCUCCUGCCUGUACCAUUUCAUUCACAAUCCCUCCAAUGUGUAAUAUGUACACUGAUUUAAAUGUUUGUGUUUGUUUUUUUUUCUUUUUCUUUUUUUUAAUUGAAAACUUUCUACACGUUCGCACCAUGAUUUUGCACCUAAAGCCUCGCUUUAACGAUCCUGGCAGCUAAACUUUAGGUCAGCACAAAGACGGGAACGUUGCACCGGAUUGUCGGCGGA